UGUUCAGUACCCAUCUUCAUCCUCUACCACCAGCCAAGAUGACGAAGCGCACCAAGAAGGUCGGCAUCACCGGUAAAUACGGUACCAGAUAUGGUGCUUCCCUGCGUAAGCAGGUGAAGAAGAUGGAAGUCACCCAGCACGCCCGCUACGUCUGCACUUUCUGCGGAAAGAACACCGUCAAGCGCAAGGCUGUCGGUAUCUGGGAGUGCAAGGGCUGCAACAAGGUUGUUGCCGGCGGUGCCUACGCCGUCUCCACCCCCGCUGCUGCCGCCACCCGCUCCACCAUCCGUCGUCUCCGUGAGAUCGCCGAGGUUUAAACGGGAGGAUUAUGUGGUUUCCUAUUUCUUCUACGGUUACGUCUGAAUACCAAAAAUGAAUGAAAAAAUUCGGGAUUCGAAUUCAAUUCUUGUGCUUGCGCCAAUCUUCGUACAAUGUGACGGACGAGCUCUAAGCUUUCGGUUGCUUCCACUCUUUCCAUCUGAUAGACACUCGACCUCUUCCUGCCUUUUCUUCUGUUUGCGACCGGGUGAAUCAUAUGGAUUGACUGCGAACUGUGGUCUUUUGAUGUGGUUCUCCGAAGUUGGACAGUCACGUAGACUUGACCUGGGUUCUGAAGUAGUGACCUGGUCAUGUUGAGUCAGAGGAUGUU